AUGUCAGAGAUUGCUUCAAUGCUGUACGACAGUCAAGGACCUCAACACCUCAAAUUACCCCUACAAACCACAAAAAUUCCAUCACCACCACAUAGACAUAGACCGAUUUCCCCCACCACUGGAUCCACCACCACCACCACCACCACCACCGCUACCACCACUGCCGCCGCCUCCUCCUCCGCGUCCAAAUCGGCGCGUCUCGUCUCGGCCAUUCAAAUGGGACACACACGUUGUCUGCGACGCUACAUUUUCGAUCUUCUCAACGAAACCGCAUGUCAGAAGCCACCCUCACCAUCCACUAAUUGUGGAAGCAGCAUUUUGGAUCGAAGAGUCAUGCCACCCAGACCGGACUACGAGUGGAUCACAGCAAGAAGGCAGCUCUACUACAAUGUGCAAGGCAGCACUUGCACACUGGAGUUCGAACAGACCUCCAGUCCACUGAUUUGGGCUGUGGAUUGUCGAGAGUGGUCGUGUCUACGAUUAAUGUGCACCAUUCAAGCCAUAGAACAGGAGGAGGGGGAGAGAGAGCCAAAACAGGAGGCUUUUCAAGGCGCUGUUUACAAUCCCAGUCAACCACAACCCGUACGAAGGAGGAUAAUCAACACAGGCACUGGAAAGUUCACUCACUCACCGUACACCUCGCAGACGUGUGUAUGUUGUACACCAGAACGUAGACGCAGACGAUCUGGUGAGUUGAGUCUACUGCAACACGAAGACAUUCCCGCCUCAUUGAGACAGCGACUUCGUCCAUUUGCUAAUGUCAUGCUAAGUGUGUCCUUCUCAAAUCUCUACAACACUCGCAGUAGUUGUAACAUCAACAACGGUACUGAUACCUCGGGCUCUAGAACAGGCAGUUUUUUAGACAUACGAUCGUGGAAAUCCGCUCAAUCCAGUCCACGACGCGACAUCUCUCCCCUCACUCGUUCACCACAUUCCACACACACAAGAGGCGCCAAUUCUGUGGUGCUUCUCGGGUGUCUCAGCUCCAAUGAGCACUCAUCACGGCAUCGAAAACGUCCCACGCCAUAUCGAGCCUUCUGGGUUCGUGGUUCCUACACCUAUCAAUCGGUGCUGGAUUACUUCUUUGCCACAGGAUAUGAAAGUGUCGGCACGCAUUGUCCACCUCAACAAGCAUCACAAGGGGACUGUGAACAUUGUAGACAGGAUGCUGACUACUCCGAUUAUCCAAAUUAUCCAAGCGGUCCAUUGGAUCCACGAAAUGACACCUUCUUUGAGCACUUUAGUCAACUGGAGCGUAUGCUUCAGUCUUCAGGUGUAUCAGCAAAUCGUCUUGAUUCCGUCAUGGCAUUCAAUGCAUUGGCAAUAAGUGCUGGACGUCGUCUAGCAGGAUGGUGUUGUCAUGGAGCGGAAGGGGAUCCAACCAUAGGUGCAGAUCUUGAAGAACCUCUGGUGGAGUGGCGAAUUCUUGCCACUCUGAUAGAUCAUGGAUUGGAUGAAUUUGAGUGGUUGGAGUUUUUGUCACCUCAACAAAAUUUCAUCGGACACGCAUUGUGUGUUCUGGCCUGGCCAAUGCAUGGAUGGAGUCGUACGGAAGCGGCUAUUUUGUCAAGUUAUAUGGCCAGUAAGAAGCCCGGUUCCUUCACUGGAUUUAGCAAUGCAAUUGGAGGUGGAAGUAGACGACUACGAAGACGCUCAUCGUCUCCCCUUGGAAGGAAUGGAUUUAGUCAUCCCCUUCCACCAGCUCCACUGGGAGCAGCACUUCGACGACAGGCGUGCCUUCUUCUCAUCAACCUCUGGUCGUUGGGUGCCUUCACAUCGCAUCACAUUGUUCACCGACGGAGUGGUGGCACUAUUGGAAAUGCCGUCACAAGCAGUCGAAUUUGGGAUCCACGACCAGGGAGUCAGCGGAGUCACAGCUACACCGCCACCAUGGAGGGAGGCGAUUUGAGACGGAUUAUGCUUAAAACCAUCUCCACCAAAUCGGAACAAAUGGGAAUGGUGAGUUAUGUCAUCUUCUUUGUCAAGCCUUACAUCUUGACGCUCCUCUGUGCAGUUGGAAAGUCGCCGAGCCUUUUUUUUGUUUCAUGCUGGUCAUGUAGGAACCACAUAAGAGAAGAACGUACUAGUGAUGGGCUUAAUCAAGUAAUGAAAGAAAAUGCCAACGAUGUAUCGCAAUGA